AUGUUUGCAAAAGCUGAUGAACCAGAGGAAUCUAAUGCGUUAACAAACCAUGUCCCCGCAACGUCGGGCACAACACUCCUGCCACGUCCAGUCGCGUCCUUGGUAUCUCUGCUGACCCAAUCCACCUCACUUACAUUACGCAUCGGGUCAUUUUUCGGUGGGGUUGCCCUGGAUGGAGCACGAGCGACAACCUUAACGAGCUUAGAAUUGGGCCGCGCCGUGGUCGAAGGCAUUCUAACGCGUGCCGGUCGCGAUGUCGCGAUUCGUAGUGGGGAUGAACAUGGACGAAUGGAGGCCGAAUCAUUGUUAGAACGAAGUUUGGCAACAUUACAUACAACCGUGACCUCGGCAUCUUUCUUCGCCGCAGCUACUUUCCAUUUCUCGUCGACAACCCUAGCGUCCGUGGCGAACUUCUCGCAGGCACUUUUGUCGACUCUAGAUGCGAUCUUAGGGUCGACAGAGUCUUCUCGAGCCAUUGCGGCUAUUAUUACCCUUAUUCGGCGUGAAUUCAGGUCCGUUGAUACUGGCGCCAGUACCGAGAAGAUCGGUGUGGGGGACCUGUUGAUAGGCUCAGUGGGCUUUGCACUCUUGCAGCGCUGGGGUAAAAGGAAUACCGAAAGACGAUUGCGAGAGAAUGGCGGUGAUGAAGUCAUUUGGGAUACCGUCAUCCUUGACAACGGAGCCCGCGCAGAUGUUGUCGGGACACAUCAACUACAAUUCCCGAAUGAAGCGUGUGAAGAUGGACCCAACGAGCACGAGGGCGCUUCUUUCGUGAUGCCCGGCACUGGCGAUCAAGCCUUCAAUGCCGUCCAGCGACGCUCGAGUAUCCCAGACUCGUUUGCAGGGUCUCGUCUUUCGUUCCCACUAGACAGCCAACAGCAGGUCUCGGACGAAGAUAUUCGGGCGUACAUCAUGAGCCAAUUACCACCAGGCUGCCAUGCUUCCAUCAAAUCCGAGGCUCUGACUGCAAGAACAAUAACCGUGGAUAUCUUCGAUGAUGAGAUGGCUGAAAUCGCAGCUCCUCCUGGAACUACAAUGGUGGAAGAACGAUUUCACCAUCAUGACCAUGCGAGUCCUAGUGUACCGGAAUUUUCGAAACUCCCGAAGCACACCGUGGUGUUUCGCACUGCCUUCAACAAGUCGCAGAGCACACAGCUGCGACCACAGGGCCCUUCAUCUACCCCGGAUCUCACUGAACCUGAUUACCAGCGGCCUUUAACAGUAAACUCGGCAUCGUCUGGACAUCCUAGGAGUCAGCUCAAGCGAGCCCAGUCGGAAGGGUCAUCCAGCGAUGCGACUAUCAGAGAUGAGUCCCCGAUUUCUAGGUCUUCAGCUGGCCAGACAGAAAAGGCAGCGGCCAAAGGCUCUAAAUUUGCCCAGCGCUUCAGGCCUAGUGGCCAGGAGAAGACUAGCAACGUCAAGCCACCGCUCCCCAAAAGACCGGCUAUCAAAACUUCUGGAUCUUCUGGCACAUCAACCAGUCGAUUGCCUCUCAAGCCUGCGAAAGGAGCGGCGUCGGUGAAAGAAGCGACUGCGCGAGAGAAGGCCAAUCGGCCACUCCCAGCCAGACCAAACCAAACAGCAGACCAUCGGCCAUCAACCCCUGGCCCGAAUAGUGGAUUACGAAGGUCGCCUUUCUCCAACUCUCCCCAAGCCCAUUCUCCACGGUCGCAAGCCAAACAUGCUUCUGCGCAUGGUGUGUAUGAUAGAAGCAAUUCCCGGGCAGGGCACUAUGUUGCGCAUGAAAGAAGCCAAGAGUCUCUCCUUACACACACAGAUGCCUUCUCACGUCGUGCUGCUGACCUGCGCCCGGGAUCUUCUGCCACAUCUCGAACACAUGUUCGCAGCACUAGUUCCUUGUCGAUAUCAAGAUCUGAAACGGAUGGGCCUGUACCCAAUGAUCGCCCGGGCUCAUCAACACUACACGGACGAUCGCAGUCGUAUACACCUAGCAUGUACUCUGUCGCAACUGCCGGCUCCGAGACUUCGCUCUUGCUGGCCCAUCGCGCGCGCAAAAGCGCCUAUGAAGAUAUGGAUACCAUUCAAGCACUAAACCGCGACGGCAUGAUACCAGGGAUCUUCCCAAAGAGGCACUUUGUUCAAAACAUACGCCGGUUCUGUCGCUUUUCCUCUGCUUCAUACGGUAACAGUGCAUUGAAGGUCAUGGGUCCACGAGCACAGCGCCUUCGAGCACAACGCUGGUCUCCCCCGUCAACAAUUCUACUCUCCUCCUUCGUGGAUCCAGCAGGAGGCUCGAACGCAGCCGGUGAAACUGAAAGCGGAUUCCCACUAGUGCACUAUCUGUCCAUCGACCACGAGUCCAAGGCAGUAGUCCUCACUCUCCGAGGCACCUGGGGCUUUGAAGACAUCCUCACAGACAUGACAUGCGACUACGACGACCUAGAAUGGCAAGGCAAAAAUUGGAAGGUGCACAAAGGAAUGCACGCUUCCGCAAAGCGACUACUCGAAGGCGGCGGUGGCCGAGUAAUGAUCACGCUUCGCGCAGCCCUAGAAGAGUUUCAAGAUUACGGCGUCGUACUCUGCGGCCACUCCCUCGGCGGCGGCGUAGCCGCUCUACUCGCGACCAUGAUCUCCGAACCCAGCAGCUCUCUUAUCGGUCCGUCCUUUGUCACGGCACCUUACCACCCAACCUCUCGACCUCGCCUUCUUACCGACAGCAACACACAAAGCUCAACGCCAGAAUCGACACCUCCACACUACGACCUACCCCCCGGCCGCCCAAUUCAUGUCUACGCCUAUGGCCCCCCAUCCGUCAUGUCCCCGUUCCUCCGCCUCGCAACAAGAAGCCUAAUCACAACAAUCGUCAACGGCUCCGACAUCGUCCCAAGUCUAUCUCUCGGCAUCCUACACGAUAUGCACACAGCAUCUCACCUCUUCAAAACAGACGUAUCGCACGCAAAAACACAUAUCCGCCAACGCCUCCACGAAACACUCCGACAGAGCAUCGUGCAUAAAUUCUACGUCAACCAGCCACCGCUAGUCGUGAACGCCGGCGACGGCGUAGGCGAAGACGCCUGGGCCUGGAAAACCCUCGCCCUCCUCCGAGACGCGAUGCGAGCACCAAAACUAAUGCCGCCCGGCGAGGUCUUUGUGGUCGAGACGAUGCGCGUCCUGCAGCGGGAGGCGUUCACGCCGCAGCCGGAGUUUGGGUCUGAUGGAUACCCGAGACUUGGACGACCGGCCACUCGUGUGCAGAUGAGGUUUAUUCGAGAUGUGGAGGCUUGGUUUGGGGAGUUGCGAUUUGCGUCGGGGAUGUUAAGUGAUCAUAAUCCGGCUAGGUAUGAGACUAGCCUCGCUGCGCUGGUUAGGGGGUAUUGGAUGAGUGAUGCACGACAAUUGGAGUGA